AUGGUGAGCCGGCGAGGCGGUGGCGGUGGCGCGGUGGGUGCGUGUGUGCUGAAGCGGUAUGUGGCGGUAUGGUCUCACGGUGUUUCCCACGGCACAGAUGCCCUUAAACGUCGACUGCGUGCGCCCGCGCAUGCGCGCCACUGCCUGCCAAUGCGCUGUGCGUACAGAUCACUGCAAUGUGCGUUAUAUCGAGCGAUGCAUGUUGCUUUGCCGAUGUGUGACAUGAGUCUCGUGCACGGGUUGCGGGCGCAGACGAGCGUGGCGGUCUACCUGUGCAGCAUGGACUGCAGGGACCUGGAGAAAGUGUUAGAGCUUAGUAAAGUAUGA